AACAAUCUCAAGAUCAGUAACUCUGGUUUGAAACACUCCUUCGCCGAGAUCUCGUUGACGAGUAGAACUAUUGAAGAUUGAGAAUAAAUACACAACAUGACAAAAUUUCGCCCUGCACUAAUCGUGGUUGAUUUUCAGGAGGACUUUUGCCCUCCAAAUGGUUCGCUCGCUGUCACAGACGGCAGGGACAUCACUCCGACGGUGAACAAGUUGUUGUCUCUGCCGUUCGUGCUGAAAAUCGCAACAAAGGAUUGGCACCCACAAUCGCACAUCUCGUUCGCUUCGAAUCAUAAAGACAAGAAGCCUUUCUCAGACUAUGUGAAGAUCGCCAACCCUUCAAAUCCGGAGGAGACAUUUGAGACACGUCUCUGGCCUGUCCACUGUGUCCAAGGCAGUCCCGGAGCCGAGCUCGUGCCGGAGCUGGACGUUGGCAAGAUCGACAGGAUCAUAGAGAAAGGGCAGGAUGAGCGGAUUGAGAUGUACAGUCCCUUUUUCGACCCUUUCGAAAAGCCAAGAGGCUGCGACAGUGGGCUGUCGGGCAUCUUGAAGGAGAAAGGAAUUACAGAUGUCUACGUGGUGGGUCUAGCAGCCGACUAUUGUGUUCUUAACUGCGCAGUGGAUGCACUGAAGGAGGGGUUUACGACGUUCAUUGUAGAAGAGGGAACGAGGGCAGUUGAUCCUGAUGGCUGGCCGGGAGUGCGCCUGGGGCUGGAGGAACGGGGUGUCAAUGUUGUAUCUGUGGACGGUGCUGAGGUUGAGAGACUAAUGACAGCCUUCUGAGAUUAGGCCUUGUAGACCCUACAGAUGAGACGCUGAGUCUUGAUAUCAGGAGUAUCUUUUAAUGCCACAAAAGGAGCACACAAUAAAAAAAGAUGAUACUCACAAAACCAAAAAAAAAAAACCUCCGCCAACUUUU